CCCAUUUCCGCGUCUCGGCGUGUGCGGAAGUCAACUCCAACCCACCCCCGAGCCGCCCACCGAAAUCGCCGCGAAUCCGUCCCCAAUCCGGCAGCCAUGUACGGCGACUCCGACGGAUCCAAGGACGCCGGCGCCGGCGCGCCGCCGCCCUCCGACCAGCCCUUCCCCAACCGCGAGCUCACCCUCAGCAGCUACCUCUGCGACAAGCCCACCCUCGCCUCCGCCGCCGCCGCCGAGAACGCAGCAUCCGCAGCCGCAUCAGCCGCAGCCGGCCCAUCCUCCCCGCCCAACCCCGCCGCCGACGCCGCCGCGGAGGCCGCCAAGCUCUGCGUCGAGCGCGACUUCCUCCACCUCUCCGCGCCCAAGCGCGGCGGCGGCGGCGGCGGGGAUCCCCCGGGCCCGGGGGACGACUCCUCCGUCGCCGGCGGCAAGAAACCCCGCCUCGACUCGCUCCAGCUCUCGCUCUCCCUCGCCUCCGACGGGCAGCCCUCCUCCCACCCGCACCACCUCCCCUCCGCGCCCCCCGCCGCCGCCGACGGAGAUCUCCGCGCCGCCGCGUCGGCCGGCGCGGCGGCGGCCCCGAGGCGGACCUACAGCGCCACCACGGGCCGCACGCGGAGCAUCAACUCCGACGACAUGUCCUACUCCUACUCCAUGUUCUCCCACAACCCGAGCUGCUCCCUCACGCACAACUCCACCGACAUGUACGCGGCGGGGGAGGGCACCAACGGCUCCGUGCACAGCCGCUUCAACUUCCGCCCCGUGGGGGACGGCAGCGUCGCCUUCGCCACCCCGCCCGCCAACCCCGCCUCCUCCGCCUCCUUCUUCCCCACCGAGCUCCCCGCCAAACUCGCCGCCGCAGCUGCCGCCCAAGCCGCCAACACCUUCGACGGCGGCCGCGGCCACCCCUCCCACCCCGACAAGAUCCUGCGGGAGAUCGUCACGGACUCGGUCCCCGCCAUGGCGCACGCGCUGCAGGACCUCCCGAGCGACACCCUGGACGCGCUCCGUGACGCGGCGCGGGCCCUGGUGGACGCCCCGGAGAGGCGGGACGAGCUGGCCGGCCUGCAGCGCCGGCUGGACCGCCGCGCCGACCUCACCGCCGACGCCCUGGCCCGCGCCAACCGCACCCAGCUCGAGGUGCUGACCGCCGUGCGCACCGGCACGGCCGCGUUCGGCGCCGGCAAGGGCCGCGUGCCCAGCGCCGAGCUCGUCGAGAUGUUCCUCAUGACGCGCUGCCGCAACCCCAGCUGCAAGAGCGCGCUGCCCGUCGACGACUGCGAGUGCAAGGUCUGCGCCGCCAAGAAGGGCUUCUGCAGCGCGUGCAUGUGCCCCGUGUGCCACAAGUUCGACUGCGCCGCCAACACCUGCAGCUGGGUCGGCUGCGACGUCUGCGGCCACUGGUGCCACGCCGUGUGCGGCCUCGAGAGGAACCUCAUCAGGCCGGGGCCGACGCUGAAAGGCCCCAUCGGGACGACCGAGAUGCAGUUCCAGUGCCUUGGAUGCAGCCACGCCUCUGAGAUGUUUGGGUUUGUUAAGGAGGUGUUCAACUCCUGUGCGGAGAACUGGAAUGCCGAGACGCUCGUGAAGGAGCUGGAUUUUGUCAGGAAUAUCUUCGCUGCUAGCGAUGAUUUCGAGGGGAAGGGGCUUCAUUCCAAGGCUGAAGAGGUCCUCAACAUGCUCGGGAAGAAAGUUAUUUCCCUGCUGGAUGCAACAAACAUCAUGCUGCAGUUCUUCAAAUGUAAGAUCUCUUUCACCGUACAUUCGAAAAUACCAUGUUACAAACUCUAA